AUGGGAGCUGAAUGCUGGAGAAGCCUUCUGUUGUUGUUGGCUGCUCUGGUCCUGACAGCCAAAUUGGAUCGCUUUCAAAGGUGGGGGGGCUUCCAGGAGAAGUCCAAAAGCCAGAAAAACAUGAAUUCAACACUCAAAUUCUUCAUUGAAAACUACAACAAUGUGAGCAAUGACACCUACUUAUUUCAAGUAGACAAGCUACUUCAAAGUUAUAUGCAGCUGACAACAGGAGUGGAGUAUCUGGCCACCGUCAAGAUUAGCCGGACCAAGUGCAAAAAGAACAGCACAAAGAGUCAUUCGUGCCCCCAACAAAGCGAGAAGAAGUUGAAGAAGAGUUUCAUUUGCGAUUUUUUGAUAUACACUGUUCCCUGGAUGAAUUAUUACGAGCUUUGGAACAACUCCUGUCAGGAGGCCCACUAG